AAAGAAAUCACCUCCGAGUAUAUAUUUACUACACACUGAAUUAUUUCAUUUGUAUUACCCAAUAAAGGCACAAUAUUUUUUCAAAACACAAAAUUUAAUUCAAUUUAUGUAUGGGACGAGACAAACAUGCAUUUAGUUAUUUCUAGUGGUGGGAGAUUGAACUAGUUGUAGUACUUUCCAGUGGUUAUUUCGAAUUGUGAGCAACUAUCGAGUAAUGGAUGAAAACGAGAAGAAGGCAAGAGAACUGAUUGCUGAGGCACAAAAGAAGAAUAAAAAAGGGUUCUUUUCUUUUGGUUUGGGUUCGGACAAGACAGAUGAAGUGAUAUCAUUGUAUGAGAAAGCGGGAAAUUGUUUUAAGAUGGCACACAAUUGGACUGAGGCCGGUAAUGCAUUUCUAGAGGCUGCAAACCUAAGUUUGAGCCAAAAGUCAAAGCAUGAUGCAGCUACGCACUAUGUGAACGCAUCACUAGUUUUUAAGAAGGAUGAUCCAAAAAAGUCUAUUCAAUGUCUCACUAAAGCGAUCGAAAUAUAUACUGAGAUGGGUCGGUUUACUAUAGCUGCAAAACACCACAUGACUAUAGCUGAAAUCUGUGAAAAGGAUUUAGUAGAUAUUGAACAGGCGAUUCGUCACUACGAACAGGCAGCUGAUUAUUACAAAGGUGAAGAAUCUAGCAGUUCAGCGAUGAAAUGUCAGCUUGCCGUGGCUCAACUCGCCUCUCAGUUGGGACAAUGCGAUAAGGCUGCUAACUUGUUUGAAGAGCAUUAUUGUAUCCAAAAUGAAAGUAAAUAUAAUAAGAAGUUUAAAAUGUAUACUCAGCACUAAAAUUUACAAGAAGCUUCAGAAGAAUAGCUGUUUUAUGAAUCUUGUGCUUUACGGUAAGGUAGGUCUACGACCUCCAUGGGACGUGUGCUCUUUAUGAAUCUUGAAUCUGUCUUGUUUAAUAUAACAAUCAGUCGUAUUAUAACGAAAGCCAUUGAGUGAUUAAAAACAGUGAGAACGUUUCGGUAAAGAAGAUCUUUUCAGAUAUUUUUUUCAGAUUUACGAUCGUGUUUGUAGGUAAUUUUUACAUACAGAAGUCUAUAAUAAGGUGGAGGAGUGUUAUGUCUCUAAAAAAUCACCAUAGAUAGUCAACUUUUUCCAAGUAUUGAGUGUAAAAGACCACAAAAAAGAAGUGUUGCACCACUUAAUAAAACAAUCAAAAGAUUUCAGGUAUUGUAUAUAAAAGUCUGUUAAUAGAAGAGUGUCAUUUCAAAAUAACUAAAGUUACUCGAGGUUCCCAAGUAUUGAAUCGAAUCGAUGUUGCAUCAUUUAGCGACUUGGUCAAAAAUUACCAAAGGGUUAAGUUAUGUAAUCGUUUCCGAGGUAAUAAGAAAUAAUAAUUUAUACAGUAAAUGCAGAAGACAACUGUCUACUUUACAAACGUGAAGAAUAAUGUAACUUAUCACUUACAGUUUGUAAGAUUAGGAAGGAGGAAUAAUAAUAAGAAUAUAGAAUUGAACAUGAUUUUUGCACACAGAGGUCAGGUUUGAAAUGGCAAAUCGUUAUAGCUUCACCUGUGCACAAAUUCCCCACCCAAACCUUCAAACCCGUGCUUUAGACUUUGUAGUUGGUUCUAAACAAUGAUGUCCGUGGUUGUAUUUGACCAAGGGCGACCAUGUAUUCAAGGUUUGAGUUGUUGAUUGAUUUGCAUUCUGUUCAGAUAACCCACUGAUUUGUGCGAAAACAUACCUAGGUUACCAUAGUUAAAAACAAUUCUUGGACAAGUAAUUAUGGAUCUAGUGAGAAGGCAUGAUCAGUGGAGUUCAACCAUGCUGGAUAUGAGGCAGGUACCCAUGAAAAAUAAUGGAAGAUUUUCGUGCAAUGUUGUGAAUUGAUUGAAGUUAGACAUUAACGCCGUUGGUUCCUGGCUCAGUGGUCUAGUGGUUGACCGUUCGCGUGCGAGACCUAAGGUCCUUGGUUCGAUUCCCGUGUUCAGGGCCGUGCAUGCGCACUGCUGAGGAGUCCCAU